GCCCGCCCCUGCCCGGCACCGCGAACGACGGGCGGCGGCGCGCGCGCCCCUCCCGCGCAGGACGGCGCUGCCCCGGCGGCAUGAGGGGAGAGCGCGGCCGGCUCCGAGCGGUUUGAGUUGAUCUCACUAAACUGCAGCCAUGGUGCAGAAGUACCAGUCCCCCGUACGGGUGUAUAAACACCCUUUUGAGUUAAUUAUGGCUGCAUAUGAAAGGAGGUUUCCUACGUGCCCUCUGAUCCCCAUGUUUGUAGCCAGUGACACUGUAAACGAGUACAAGAGUGAGGAUGAGGCCAUCCACGUGAUCGAGCGGCGCUGCAAGCUGGACAUCGAUGCACCACGGCUGCUGAAAAAGAUUGCAGGAGUGGACUAUGUCUACUUUGUCCAGAAGAACUCUCUGAACAGGCGAGAAAGGACUCUGCACAUAGAAGCCUACAAUGAAACCUUCUCUAACAGAGUCAUCAUCAACGAGCACUGCUCCUACACAGUUCAUCCUGACAAUGAAGACUGGACCUGUUUUGAACAGUCAGCAAGUCUGGAUAUCAAAUCUUUUUUUGGUUUUGAAAGCACAGUGGAAAAGAUUGCCAUGAAGCAAUACACCAGCAAUAUUAAAAAGGGAAAAGAAAUAAUAGAGUACUACCUGAAGCAGCUGGAGGAAGAAGGAAUAACCUUUGUCCCUCGCUGGACUCCUCCUGUUGCAUGUAAAUCAGAGAGCAGCACAUGCCACCCAAGGAGACCAGUGUCACCUGCCGUUAAUAUCCCAGAGUCUGCCACAAAGGAGGGCUUGAGCAACAAGGAGAUCCUCAACACCUCCAGCAGCCCCUCGGAGCCCACUGCAGGAACACCUGAUGAUAAGUUGGAUGCAGACUACAUCAAGAGGUACCUGGGGGACCUGACCCCAAUGCAGGAGAGCUGCCUCAUCCGCCUGCGGCAGUGGCUCCAGGAGACGCACAAAGGCAAGAUCCCAAAGGAUGAGCACAUUUUAAGAUUCCUGCGUGCCCGGGACUUCAACAUUGACAAAGCAAGAGAGAUCCUUUGCCAGUCACUGACGUGGCGUAAGCAGCACCAGGUGGAUUAUAUUCUGGACACCUGGAAUCCUCCCCAAGUGCUCCAGGAUUACUAUGCAGGAGGCUGGCAUCACCAUGACAAAGACGGGCGCCCGCUGUACGUGCUGAGGCUGGGCCAGAUGGACACCAAGGGCCUGGUGCGAGCGCUGGGGGAGGAGGCCUUGCUGCGCUACGUUCUUUCAAUAAAUGAGGAAGGGCUGAGGAGAUGUGAGGAGAAUACAAAAGUAUUUGGCAGGCCAAUAAGCUCUUGGACCUGUCUGGUAGAUCUGGAAGGCUUGAACAUGAGGCAUUUAUGGAGACCUGGUGUCAAGGCCUUGCUGAGAAUCAUCGAGGUGGUUGAAGCCAAUUACCCUGAGACCUUGGGUCGUCUGCUUAUCCUAAGAGCACCUCGAGUAUUCCCAGUUCUCUGGACACUGGUUAGUCCAUUCAUUGAUGACAACACCAGAAAAAAAUUCCUUAUUUAUGCUGGAAAUGACUAUCAGGGUCCUGGGGGACUGCUGGAUUACAUAGAUAAAGAAAUUAUCCCUGAUUUCCUUGGUGGAGAGUGCAUGUGUGAAGUACCAGAGGGUGGGCUGGUUCCCAAGUCCCUCUACCGGACAGCAGAAGAGUUGGAAAAUGAAGACAUCAAGCUUUGGACUGAAACAAUCUACCAGUCUGCGAGUGUCUUCAAAGGAGCUCCACAUGAGGUUCUCAUCCAGAUCGUGGAUGCCUCGUCGGUGAUCACGUGGGAUUUUGACGUGUGCAAGGGCGACAUUGUUUUUAACAUCUUCCAUUCCAAAAGAGCCCCACAGCCUCCCAAAAAGGACUCUCUGGGAGCUCACAGCAUUACAUCUCCUGGUGGGAACAACGUCCAGUUGAUAGACAAAGUCUGGCAGUUGGGGCGUGACUACAGCAUGGUGGAAUCUCCCCUGAUCUGCAAAGAAGGGGAGAGUGUGCAGGGCUCCCAUGUGACCAGGUGGCCUGGCUUCUACAUUUUACAGUGGAAAUUCCACAGCAUGCCUGCUUGUGCUGCAACCAACCUGCCUCGUGUGGAUGAUGUGCUGGCAUCUCUACAGGUGUCCUCUCACAAGUGUAAAGUCAUGUACUAUACAGAAGUGAUAGGAUCUGAAGAUUUCAGGGGAUCUAUGACCAGCCUUGAAUCAAGCCACAGUGGAUUCUCCCAGCUCAGUGCUGCCACCACCUCCUCUAGCCAGUCCCAUUCCAGCUCCAUGAUUUCCAGGUAGUGCCACAACAGCUGAAAAGCAAAUGGAUGUGAUGGCUGGACCCUCGCCCGUGGCAGCUGACUGCAAUACAGCAUAUUCAACUGGCAAUUGUGCAAAAAAACCCCACCCCAAAAAGCCUUUUAUAGAUAGUAAAGUAGCUGUUUGAAUUUUACACUUAGUGGUUUUGAUCUUUGUUAGAUCCAACAGCUUGUCUCUUAACUUUAACCCUUUUUCCUAAAUCAGCCAUAAAUAUUUUUGCAAGUGUGCUUGCACAAAUCCUAACUCUGAACACAAGGGCUCUUACUGAAAAGGAAAAACAACCAGUGCAUCAGUUAAGAAUGAUUUCUUUUUUUUAACUGUAUAGAUGUUAAAAAGGGAAAAAGAAAAACCCUACCAAAAAUGCUCCGUAGUGCAUUAGAGAUCAACUGCAAGUCUCCUGUCAGGACAUUUCUUGCCAUCCUGAGAAAUCCCCUGUGAUAUUCCAGUGCUGCAAACUGUUCUCCUGUUGCCACUAAUGAUGUCCAAGACAAAGAACAGCAGUUGCUGGAUACUUGACUUUGUGAGUCCAUUUUUUUCAAAGCAUGCCCACAGAGCUGUGGCCAGGCUGUAACACUGAAUAUAUCUUUUGUAUGAGCACAUUUCUGGGGAAUUUGAGCUCUGGGUCUUGCUGGGUUAAAGCAAUUUGUUCUUUCCUUGGAUUUGUGCAUGGAGCACUGUGGAGAGAGAGGUGGAGAGCAGGCUCUCCCUUGCUGUGUCACUCUGGGCUCAUCCAGAGCUGCUCUGAGCUUCUGUUCCCAGCCCUGUGCUGGAGCUUCCUUCACUCUGCUUCCUUAGUGCAUUCCAAGCAAUGGAUUUUACUGAGAUUCUCUUCUUGUCAGGAAUUUAUGCAGAGGUUCAGUUGAUGCUUAAAGCAGUUUGAAGGAGGUGUGGCUUCCAUCCUUCCUGAGCACUUCAGCCUUCCUGUGGGCAGGGAGCACAGAGAUCUUCCCUCUGAGUGGUACAGGAGAAGAUAUUUAAGGAUUUUCUCCACCAUUUUCACUACUGCCACUGCCAGAGGUGAUCUGCCAUUUGGGAUUCUGUCCCUGUUGGCCAGGGAUUUGGGAUUUGCCAUCUGGGAUUCUGUCCUUGUUCCAGGCCCAAGCUGGACCCUUGCUGAACUCUGUUCAGGUGUUCUUCUCUCUCCAGCCCUCUCUCUAUGCACAGCAAAAGGCUCCAAAGACUGAACUGUCAGACAAACACAAACCACACCUGGCAAUGGAGCAGAGAUUUUGGUCUGAAAUGCAGCAAGAUUGGCACAGUUAGACCCUUCUUGAUCUUUCCUUAGCCUUGCUAGAGCUGAAAUGUCCAUGCAGGCACAAGGAGCUUCCGUGCUGGCUGCAGCGGGUCUGGCUUGUGUAAGUCGUGGAGGAGCUUCAGGAGGUGUUGCACUGGGAAAGCAGAACUCACCCGAGAUUCUGGAUCCCCUGCCUGAGGAAUGCUGGUUCUGAGCUCGAUGUGAAGAUUUUUCAUGCCUGCAGAGCUCUGGAGAGGCAGGUGGCAGACCCCUGACAGCAGCUCUGCUGCAGCCCUGUUCUGGCUGUGGCACGUGGCAGAGCUGACAGGUAUUUUAGUAAGAGAGGUGCUCAGAGACCAACCUCCUUAAACUGAACCAAAUGGAUCUUUUAGGACUCAGAAGCUGAAGAUGGAGGUUAGGGACACAAGUCACUGCUUUGGUGUCACACAGCUCCCCCCCACUGUACAGCAGCCUGCACAGGCUGUGGCUCCAGGGCUGCUCCCAGGAGCUCUGCCCCUAUUCCUGACCCCAGGAGCCAGCCUUGCAAGCACAGGGAGUGCAGCUGGAGCACAGUGAGGUUCACCUGCUGACACUCAUGACACUCACUCAUUCACCAGGCUGAAAGGGCUGAAGAUGGUCCCUUUCUCUCUCUCUCUCAGAUGGUGAUUUUGCUGACAACUCUAAAGAAUCUGCUCCAUUCAGCACUCCACAUCUGUCCAGGUGUCUGCCUUUGUACACCUUUUUGAGUUGCAGUACCUUUUCAAGUCUGAAGAUCUAUAUUUUUGUUUUUCACUUGAGCUGGCUCAAAAGUGGCACUUUGGGUUUUUCCUGCUUUUGAUCUUAACACAUCAUUUAGAGCUCAAAGCACAUUACAGCACAAACAACCAGGGAGAUAAAAUUCCACAAAAACAAUAGUUAAUCUUCCUGUAAGCAAAGUGCUGUGGCAAUAUGACUUGAUCACUGCAGUCCAACUAAAUUUCCCAUACCCUGGUCUUUCUCUGUGUGAUACUGCUCUUCCUUCUCUCAGCCAGUGACUCUUCUGGUGGCACCUUUCCUGUUAUCAGUGUCCUUCACGUCCCUGUCCCUCCUCAUGAACUGCAUAUCAAAUUCUGUAAAUGUUUUGUAUACAUAAUACCUCAUUCUUGGUAAUAAAAUACAGAUAGUCUUUAAAAGAUUUUUUUAUUGUUAUCAAUAAAUGUUAACUGUUUGGAAAAAAAAA